AUGGCCAAACAGUCGCUACGAAAGGACCUGUCUGAACAAGGAAAGGUCAACAAGGUGGUAAGGUUCAAAGACACAUCUGAUGCCUACAUUCCCACUAAAACCAAAUGGAAAUUUUUAAAAGGUCAUCUAAGUUUUCCCAAACGGGCAACACGCGACAACUGGAUAAACGACGGAACGUUCCACGAUGCCGUAGCUGGUCUGCUCGUGGUAGCCCAGUUUUUUGCUGUCAUGCCGGUAUGCGGAAUUACGGUCAAGAAUCCGAAAGCUUUAAAUUUCACUUGGACCAGUAAACGAAUUAUUUACACCUAUUUAGUUUGUUUCGGAACAGCCUUUUUUGUCGGUAACGCCAUCGUCCGGUUCUUCAUGAGAAGCUUCAACUUUACCCGAAUGACCGUUGUUUUCUUUUACACUUACAACUUGUACGGUUUGUACUGCUUCAUACAAGUUGCCCAGAAGUGGCCUACACUUAUGUGUAAGUGGCACCAAGCGGAGCAACUGCUGCCCCAAAGCAGCAACAUACUGGAACGGGGAGUUUUGGCCAAGAGAAUUAAAAUUAUGGCGAUGAGCACUCUGACUAUGUCGUUGAGCGAGCAUCUGCUUUCGAUUAUAGCAGCUGUUUACUACACGCCGAAUUGUCCGGCGAUUCCGGAUCCAUUGGAUAAAUAUUUUCAAACCAAUUUUCUUUUUAUUUUUCACUAUUUUCACUAUUAUAAAAUUUCCGGUUUUCUGGUGAAAUUUAUCAAUGGAAUUAGUACUUUUGUAUGGAGUUAUAUCGACCUAUUUGUGGUUGUCAUCAGUAUAGGACUGUCGCACACCUUCGAAAGAAUCAACGAAUAUUUGAUGAAACACAAGCGGGAGAAAAUGACAGAACAAUUCUGGGCUGAACAACGCCAAAACUAUCGAAAUAUUUGCGAUUUGGUACAACACGUAGACGACACAAUCUCCAUCAUCACUAUGUUGUCGAUCUCUAAUAAUCUAUUCUACAUAUGCGUAUCCGUUUUGAACAGCAUGAAUUCUCAUCCGUCCGUAGUCCAUAUGCUGUAUUUCUGGGUUGGAUUAUCUUUUCUCAUCAGUCGAACCCUAGCGGUUACGAUGUACUCCGCUCAGGUCAACGACGAAUCAAAACGGCCGAUCGAAGUUCUUCGAACGAUUCCCCGUGACGGAUGGUGCUUGGAGGCGAAACGUUUCGCCGAAGAAGUCGUUAACGAUACGGUCGCACUGACCGGAAUGAAGUUCUUCAACAUGACGAGAAAGUUGGUGCUGAAGGUUACCGGUUCAAUCAUAACCUACGAACUUGUGCUGAUUCAGUUUCAUCAAGAUGAUCCAGCGGAGGUCGAUUUGUGCAGGAUGAGACGGACCUAG